AUGUCGGGGGAUCAAUCGAAAAAUGCCAGCUCUGACCCGAGAUUUGCUAAGAUUCACAGUGAUCCAAAGUUCAGAAACAUAAGACAAAAAGGCUUAAAAGUCAAAUUAGAUGACAGAUUUAGUAAAAAAGACUUGGAAAUCAAACGUACUGCUAAGGUCGACAAAUAUGGUAGAAUUCUGGAUGGAAAGGAACAGAAUAAGGACUUGAAAGAUUUCGACAAGUACUAUGAAAAGUCCGAUGAGGAGAGUGAGGAAGAUGACGAUGCUGAAAGCAAAGUUGUCAAGGUUGAUCGUGCGCGAGGAGAAGUUUCAAGUGAUGAUUACACCUCCUCUGAAUCAGAAUCCUCGAGUGAAAGUGAACUUGAAAGUGAUGUGGAAUCAGAUAUUGAGGCAGAUAGGGCACAACCCGAAUCUGGUGAAUCUUCGAAGACACUAGCGGUUGUUAAUCUCGACUGGGACAAUGUCAGGGCCGCUGAUUUAAUGAUAACUUUCUCUAGUUUCCUGCCCUCUGGUGGAAAAAUUGAAAAGAUAGCAAUUUAUCCAAGUGAAUUUGGAAAAGAAAGGAUGAAAAGGGAAGAGGUGGAAGGACCACCAAGAGAGCUCUUCACAAAAAAUAAGAAGAAAAAUAAAAGACAGUCAGUCGAAAGUUCUGAUGAUAGCGAUUCUGACGUUGAUAUCAAAGAUUUGUACGAGGAAGGGGAUGUUGAUGAGGCGGUUGAUAAGCGUGCUCUCCGCCAGUAUCAAUUAGAAAGGUUGAGAUACUAUUAUGCAAUCGUCUACUGUAACAAUAUCUCUAGUGCGCAAAAUAUUUAUAGCAAUUGUGAUGGGACUGAGUAUGAAUCUACAGCAAACAUUUUUGAUAUAAGAUAUGUUCCUGAUGGAAUGGCAUUUGACGAUGAACCUAAAGAUCGAUGUGAAAAGCUACCAAAAAACUAUCAACCCCUGCAAUUCAGUACCGAUGCCUUACAACACUCGAACGUUAAAUUAACCUGGGAUGAAACACCGGCAGAUAGAGUUAAUGUUGCGAAGAAGGCUUUUACACAGAAGGAAAUUGAAGAUAUGGAUUUCAAAGCAUAUUUGGCAUCAGAUUCAGAUGAGUCUGAAGAAGAGAACAAUGAGGCAACAAAAAACAAGUUAAAAUCGUUAGUUGGCAUUUCCUCUGGUUUUGAUGAUUUUGGUAAAGGUCGUGACAAUGAGAAUGAAGAUGAUGCAGGUGAAGUCGAUAUGGAAAUAACUUUCACCCCCGGGCUGGAUGAUGAUAGCAGGAAAAACAAUGAGAGUGUAGACCAAGAGGAAACUACGAUAGAAAAAGUAAGACGUAAAGAGAAGGAACGUCGUAAAUUGAGAAAACAAAAAUUGAAGGAGCUAAAGAAGACAUCCGAACAAGAAAAGAGAGACAAACUGAAAUCGUUGAAAGGCAAAAAACAUGAACACAUAGGAGACUCUGAAAAAGAAAAUUCGAAGUCUAGAGCUGAACUAGAGCUUUUGAUGAUGGAAGAUGACGAUGACACGGAAAAAUCUAUAAACAAGAAAGCACAUUUCAACCUGAAUGAGAUCGUAAGGUCAGAGAAGGAAAAAUCCAAAAAAGGUAAAUAUCAAGAUACAAAUAAAAUCGUGGAAGAUACUUUUGAGCCAAACUUGGAUGAUGAUAGAUUUAAAGAGAUGUUCGAGGGCCACGACUUUGCAAUCGAUCCUUCUCAACCGGAAUUUAGAGAAACAAAUGCCAUGAAACAAAUUUUGAAGGAACGUACCAAGCGCUCUCAUGAUAAAAAUUCGAAGAAAAGACAAUCACCUUCAAGUGGUGGUGCUGAUAAUGAAAAUGGUACUAUUGCUAGUAUUGUUUCAAAAUUAAAGCAUAAAGCAGGCAAGAAAAAGGCUAGGCGAUAG